UCCAUUGGCUAUUUCUGAACCGAAAUGAAUUACGCUCCGUUGAACCAGGCACGUUCCGAGGUCUUGAAAGGUUGUAUUGGCUGGAUUUGCGAGAGAAUGGAAUACGAGACCUGGACGAUGGGAAUGCAUUUCAGGAUCUUCUUUCCUUGGCCUGGUUAGACUUCGAAGGGAAUGACAUCAGGAGAAUCACCGCCGAUACCUUCGCCACAAAUUCAUCUCUAUUCGUAAUUGUGCUGAAAAAUAACAGCAUUUCAACGCUUGAACGGGACUCCUUUUCUUCACAUCAAACCUUGAUUGAAAUUGACCUUUCCGACAAUCAGAUUCGGCACCUACCAAAUGGAAUCUUCGAUAAUCUCCAUAUUCUUGAAAUACUGCGUCUUCAGAAUAAUCCUUUAACUUCGAUCCAUACUGACUUGUUCAAUUACCUAAGCAGUCUCAUCGAUUUAAACCUUACUGGAAUUACAAUAUCUAAUAUCAGCUUAGAUAUGUUUGACAGUCUGACGAGUCUUGAGAAAGUAGAAUUUGAAAAAUUUGAGUACUGUCGCUACGCCCCUCACGUUCGAACCUGUACCCCACGAUCCGAUGGUAUCUCGUCGUUUGAAAAUCUCCUCAAGAACGUGAUUCUACGAGUUUUUGUGUGGACGAUAGGUAUCAUCACAAGCGUGGGUAAUCUGGGCGUCUUGGUCAGCCGUGCUUUCAUGAAGGCUGAAAAUAAAGUACAUACGGUGGUCGUCAUAAAUCUGUGCACUGCCGAUUUGUUGAUGGGUCUCUAUUUGCUCAUCAUCGGGACCCAUGACGUCACAUAUCGUGAUAGCUACAACCAGCAUGCGCUUGAAUGGACUAAUAGUCUUACAUGCAAGGUAUCUGGACUUCUGGGGAUGCUUUCGAGUGAAGUUUCGGUCCUCACUCUCAUGUUCAUAUCUCUUGAGCGGUACUUCAUCAUAGUCUACCCAUACAGCUUUCAGAGGAUAAAAGCCAGGCGAGCGGUGAUCGUUUUGAUCUUUAUUUGGAUAAUCGGGACUAUUCUUGCGGUGCUGCCCAUAAUUCCCGUGGCAUACUUCGGUAACUUUUACGGAAGCAAUGGUGUUUGUUUCCCUCUUCAUCUUCAUGAACCAAAAAUGAAAGGCUGGGAAUAUUCAGCCUUCGUGUUCCUGGGGAUAAAUACGACUGCCUUCAUUGUCAUCGUUGUGUCAUACACAGGUAUGUUUGUCAGCAUUCGGAGAACGAGAAGAGCGGCCGCACAGUGUGGUAUGAAAGGAGACAUGGCCUAUGCGAAGCGUUUCUUCUUCAUCAUCCUUACUGAUUCCCUGUGCUGGCUUCCAAUAGCAAUCCUCAAAGUCGUCUCACUGUGUGAUUUUGUCAUUUCAGAAACCCUCUACGGCUGGAUCGUGGUUUUCGUACUGCCAAUAAACAGCGCCCUCAAUCCAAUUCUCUACACCAUUAGUACCACACCCUUCGUGAUGUGGUUCUUGCGAUCCAUCAAGAGAGGUAAAUGGUCAACAUCCCGUUGCUACAUGGGCCGUAAAAUUGACAUGUCAGAAGCCAGAGGUCGCAGUGACAGUUCAGACGGUUUUACCUCAUACACGAACUUACCAAAGCGUGCCUCCUGUUUCUCGACCGGUACCAACGGGCCGCUCGGCCUUCAGCUUGAAGGCGUGUCAUCGGUCUCCACGUAUCUACCGUCGGUGUCGGCGACGAUGAUGACAACGCCGCUGAACGUAAUCGACGAGUUGGCUUCCGGCGAGCCGUCACCUCCGUUAAACAGGGUUAAGAGACUGUCCACGCCCAUUGUGAGUCUGGAUGACCUCAUGGAGUGAUGGGCAUGAUAUGCAAUCGGCAGAGGCGAUGAUGCCUUUAGGGAAUCCAAGGAAUAUUCGCGCGCCAACAACAGCGUGGCGUCUUUGGCGCGCAUUGAAACCGGAACCUUUUAGAUGGGAACGGAAUAAGACGUUAGUAUCACGCCAAUCGAUAUCGAGACUUAACGAAUCAUCCGUUCAUUGUUUAUUAAACCUCUGGUAGGUCCAUGAUUAAUCUAUCCGCCCUUUCACACUGUAAAACAAUCGUAAUUUGAAUGUUGAUUCCGGUGAAAAAUAAGGCUAUAGUGACGAAUAUUUAGCACGUGUGUAACCCCGGGGUGAAACCGAACUAGAACAUGACUAGAAUCACGAACGCUAAUCACAGUCACGAUUACGAAAUCAAUCAUCAUUAAACACUCAAGAUUUACGUGUGAAAUACACACAGCUAUCGUUGGUUUCCCUUUGAACAUAGAUGCUAAUUUGAACGUAUCUAUUUUGCGGAGUAUUCAAAGAGGAAUUGUUCUCAGUCAGAGGAAGUAUUCUUUCAUGGUUGUAAUGAGAGGAAGUAUU